CGAGAUAAAAGUCAUUUAACUUUAAUUCAGUUCAGAUUGUUAUUGCGGACUCACGAGUCCGAAAAAAAGGAGCAAAAUGUUGUUCCACUCGUGAUACGUGAACUCACGUUAUAUCAUGUUUGUUUGUUUGUUAACUGCGUGAAACUCGAGAGGAGAAGAACGCGAGGGAGGAGCAGUCAAAGUGAAAGUGACUUUUCUUCAGUCGCCAUUUUAACUGCGCAGCUGACGGACAGAAAAAAUGACUGAAGUCCUGAAGAUGAGUGGUCGUGGGGAGGAAAACAAGGACGGAGCAGAGUCUCUGGGACUCAGCUGUUUGUCUCUGAACAAAGAUGAACCUGGAGCCUCAGACACAAAACAAGGGAGAGCAGAGUCUCCAGGUCCCGGUUGGUCUGUGAAGAGUGAUGAGUCCAAAGAUGAACCUCUCACCUUCAGAAGUGACCAGUCUAUGGGACAACCUCUCACCUUCAGAAGUGACCAGUCUAUGGGACAACCUCUCACCUUCAGAAGUGACCAGUCUAUGGGACAACCUCCAGUUGUCUUCAGUCCUGAACCUGGAGCCUCGGAGACAAAACACAAGUUUGCUGUUCCUGUGGACGAGCACACGUCCUGCUGUCCUCUGUGUCAGGACACCCUGAAGGAUCCAGUCUCCACCAGCUGUGGUUACUGGUUCUGCAGACGCUGCAUCUCCUCAUACUGGGACCAGUCUGGUCCACCAGGAGACUCCUGCUGUCCCCAGUGUGGAAAAAGACCAGGACGUGGACCACAGACAGAUGUUGGUCUGCAGAAGGUUCUAGAUGAACAUAAGAUCUGUCUGAGGGACAGAUUUAAACAUGUGACUGAAGGAACUAAUGGAAGAGGAAGUAGAACCCUCCUGAACAGGAUCUUCACUGAGCUCUACAUCACAGAGGGACAGAGUGAAGAGGUCAAUACUCAUCAUGAGGUGAUGCAGCUGGAGACGACCUCCAAGAAGAAGAUGGUCCAGGACACUCCCAUCAAGUGCUGCGAGAUCUUUAAAGCCUUAACUGACCAGCAGGGGAGCAUCAGAGUCGUCCUGACCAACGGCGUCGCUGGUGUUGGAAAAACUUUCUCGGUGCAGAAGUUCACUCUGGACUGGGCCGAGGGUUUGGAAAACCAGGAUGUGAAUCUGCUGAUUGUGCUCUCGUUCAGAGAGCUGAACCUGAUCAGAGAUCAGCAGCACAGUCUUCUCACGCUGCUCCAUGUUUUCCAUCCAACAUUAGAGAAGGUCAGAGCAGAGAUGCUCGCUGUCUGUAAACUUUUGUUCAUCUUUGAUGGUCUGGAUGAAAGCAGACUCUCACUGGACUUCAGCAGCAGGACUCUGGUUUCUGACAUCACACACAGGUCAUCAGUCAACGUGCUGCUGACCAACCUCAUCCAGGGGAAUCUGCUCCCCUCGGCUCUCGUGUGGAUAACUUCUCGACCUGCAGCAGCCAAUCAGAUCCCUCCUACAUGUGUUGACAGGGUAACAGAAGUACGAGGCUUCACUGAGGACCAGAAGAACGAGUACUUCAGGAAGAGAUUCAGAUCUGAAGAUCUGGCCAGCAGAAUCAUCUCACACAUCAAGACGUCCAGGAGCCUCCACAUCAUGUGUCAAAUCCCAGUCUUCUGCUGGAUCAGUGCUACAGUUCUGGAGCACAUGUUGACCACAGAGCAGAGAGGAGAGCUGCCCAAGACCCUGACAGACCUGUACUCACACUUCCUGCUGGUUCAGACAAAGAGGAAGAAGAACAAGUACGAUGAAGGACGUGAGACGAGUCCACGGGAGCUGGUGGAGGCCGACAGGGACGUUCUUCUGAAGCUGGGGAGGCUGGCCUUUGAACAUCUGCAGAAAGGAGACAUCAUGUUCUACCAAGAAGACCUGGACCGGUGUGGUCUUGAUGUGACCGAGGCCAUGGUGUACUCAGGAGUUUGUACAGAGAUCUUCAGAAGAGAGAGCGUGAUCUUCCAGAAAACAGUCUACUGCUUUGUUCAUCUGAGCGUUCAGGAGUUUCUGGCUGCAGUCUACAUGUUCCACUGUUUCACCAACAGGAAGACAGAGGUAUUGCAGGACUUCUUCAGACAAGAAAACAAAGACCGGGAAUCAAACAGGUUUAGCAGAAACUUCUCACUCGACGACUUCCUGAAAGCAGCCAUGGCGAAAUCCCUUCAAAGUGAAAAUGGUCACCUGGACCUGUUUGUUCGCUUCCUUCAUGGACUCUGUCUGGAGUCCACCCAGAGCCUCGUAGGAGGUCUGCUGGGUCAGACUCAGAACAGUCCAGAAAUCAUCCAGAGAGUCAUCGAGAACCUGAAGGAGAUGAACACAGACAACAUCUUACCUGACAGAAGCAUCAACAUCUUCCACUGUCUGACAGAGAUGAACGACCAAUCAGUGCAUCAGGAGAUCCAAGAGUUCAUGAAGUCCGAGAGAGAACAUAUGCUCUCUGAGAUCCACUGCUCAGCUCUGGCCCACAUGCUGCAGAUGUCUGAGGAGGUUCUGGAUGAGUUGAACCUUCACAAGUACAGAACAUCAGUCCAGGGAAAACACAGACUGAUUCCAGCUGUGAGGAACUGCAAGAAGGCUGUGUUGAGGGGCUGCAGUUUGUCAGAGAUCAGCUGUCCUCCUCUGGUCUCAGCUCUGAAGUCCAACCCCUCCCACCUGAUAGAACUGGACCUGAGCUGGAACCAUGAUCUGCAGGAUUCAGGAGUGAAGCUGCUGUGUUCUGGACUGGAGAGUCCACAUUGUAGACUGAAAAUUCUGUGGUGAGUUCACCGACAUUUCAUCAAACUCGUUUUAUUCACUGAAGAAUAAAAUUAAGCCUUUC